CAUUUUGUACGUGUAACCUUUUACGUGUAUUGUCUAUGAAGCUGACUGAUAGUGGGCAGAGCAAAUACAAUAUUGUCAAGAAUAAAAUUGAAACAACGCAGCAGAGACCUUUAUUUUGAGGGAAAAGUGUACAUGGUGUGACAUGAAAGAUUAUAGUACUUGAAGGUCUAACAACACAGCGACAUCAUGUCUGUAUCCGCUCUAUUCAUUCUCGAUUUGAAGGGGAAGGUCCUCAUCUCACGGAACUACCGAGGUGAUGUGGACAUGUCUGCCAUCGAUAAGUUCAUGACUCUAAUGAUGGACAGAGAAGAUGAGGAAUCGUUAUCACCGAUCAUCAUCCAUGGCGGGGUUAACUACAUGUACAUCAAACACAACAACCUAUAUAUUGUCACAAUAUCAAAGAAGAAUGCCAACGUUGCCCUUGUAUUCACCAUCCUUCACAAAAUUGUUGAGGUUUUCAUAGAGUACUUCAAGGAGAUGGAGGAGGAGAGCAUCAGAGACAACUUUGUCAUCAUCUAUGAAUUACUGGAUGAACUCAUCGACUUUGGAUACCCACAGACCACAGACAGUAAAAUAUUACAGGAAUACAUCACGCAAGAAGGCCAAAAACUAGAAAUAGCCCCCAAACCACCCCCAGCCAUCACCAAUGCUGUGUCGUGGAGGAGUGACAACAUCAAGUAUCGCAAGAAUGAGGUCUUCUUAGACGUUAUCGAGUCUGUCAACUUACUGGUGAAUGUGAAUGGUAAUGUACUGAGAAGUGAAAUCGUAGGCUCCAUCAAAAUGAGAGUGUUUUUAUCAGGGAUGCCGGAACUCAGGCUUGGACUCAACGACAAAGUGCUCUUUGAAAACACGGGCAGAGGAAAGAGCAAGUCAGUCGAGCUGGAAGACGUCAAGUUUCACCAGUGCGUGCGUCUCUCCCGCUUUGAAAACGAUCGUACCAUCUCCUUCAUACCGCCCGACGGGGAGUUUGAACUCAUGUCCUACAGACUCAACACCCAUGUCAAACCUCUAAUCUGGAUCGAGUCGGUCAUUGAGCGUCACUCUCAUUCUCGAGUGGAGUACAUGAUCAAAGCAAAGAGCCAGUUCAAGAGGAGAUCGACGGCAAACAAUGUGGACGUCAUCAUUCCAGUCCCUAGCGAUGCAGACUCACCCAAGUUCAAAACGACGGUGGGCUUUGCCAAGUACAUGCCUGAGAAGAAUGCUGUGGUUUGGCAUAUCAAGUCUUUCCCGGGAGGCAAGGAAUUUCUAAUGAGAGCUCACUUCAACCUCCCCAGUGUGCAAGCAGAGGAAGCAGAGGGUAGACCUCCAAUCAGCGUCAAGUUUGAGAUACCUUACUUCACAACAUCAGGCAUUCAGGUUCGGUAUCUGAAGAUCAUUGAAAAGAGUGGUUACCAAGCGUUACCAUGGGUGAGAUACAUCACACAGAAUGGAGACUACCAAGUCAGAGUGCAGUAACCCCCAAUCCCACCAAUCAAAACAGUCCUCUUACUCACUCGUAUCACCAUGACAUCAUCAUCAACCAAUAAGAAAUGAGCUUACAUAGUAGGACAGCUUACUGAUCCGGGCCCUGUUUCAUGAAACUUGAUAUCAAUCACAAAUGCUAAGAUUCUAUGAAUGAUUAGCUCUUAGCCAAUCAGAGGCCACAAUUUCAGUAGCUUGUAACAGUUAUUAUAACUUAUUUUCGAUAAACAGUCUUAUGAAACCGGGCCCUGCAGGUGUGGGUCGCCUUCUGGAAGGAGGCUGGUCUGCCUAUGUAGUUAAUGUGCAUACUCACAUGGUGUGUAAUGUCAUAUCUGGAGAGCCAGAAGGGCAUUAACUCUAUGGAGAAAAAAAAUUGAGUUAGUGCCCUUCUGGCUUUCACCAGAAGAUGUUAUAAUUGUCCUUUUGAAUUGAAAUAAUGGAUAUGCUUUUAAUGCUAGUUGCUAUGUCCAUUAUGAAAUGGAAAAAUGGGAAUGCUUGUUACUAAAGAUUUAUUCCAUAUGCAAUGCAAUCAUUUAUGGAAAUGCAAAACAUAACACACAUGUCUUGCAUAUAUGUACGGAACAAUUGAAAAAGUAAUGUGGUUAUGAAAAACUCUCUUAGUGAAACUUUCCAGGUUGUAAAUUUGCAAUAGCAAAAUUGAUAUAAUAUAGUGUACAGAUUUUGUACAUGUACAGUAUGCGAAUCUGACUCACUUUGAUUUUUUGUUGAAAUUUUUAAUUUUAGGCAUAUUUUGAACAACUGGCUCUUAUAAAAAGGAGUCACUUUCUUUCCUUCAUUCGUUCAGUACCUAUAUGUCACCUUGGGAUAGCAGGCAAAUUUAGCUGAGAUUAAAGGAUAUUGAAAAAUAAAUCAUUAUAUUCUAUAUUCUAGUUAAACUUAGAUUAAAGGAUCAACCAAAAAAUUGAAUUUUCUUUUUGCACAAUCUUAUUGUUGUGCAGUCUUGAUGCUCAUGAUGGGUAUAACAGAAAAUUCAGUACCUGGGCUAGGGAAUAGAGAAUAUCAUUGGUAUGUAGUGAGGUGAUGUUGGAGCCAAAGAUUGUUGAAAGUGAGAAACUAUUUGUGCCCUACAUGUAUUUGAGUACUCAUCCUCGUUCUAGAAUCUAGUUCAUAUUCUAUCCUAGAAUUAUAGUUUCUAAUACAUGUCAUUCUGUUCUUGGCUUGUGAGGCUACUUUUGAGAUCUUAUUUUUGUGUGGAAAAUUCUUCAUUCCCUGUCUGGACAUAGGAUAGCAUCUUCUUGUAUGUGAGUCGUCAAUCACACUGUAUUUGCACCUAACUUUAUUGUAUUCUUCACUCAUUUUGAAUGGGUCAUACGUGCAUGUGAUACACGACCAAUUAUUAAAGUAGAAUAUAUCUGUUACGAAAAACAGGAUUUAUGUAAACACUAAUGCUAAUCUUGAGUUCUGGUAAUGCAGCUUCUAAUCUAGAGUACCCAGUAACUAGCCUAAAUUGUGUAGGAAAUUUUUCUUUCGACCAUUAAACGUCGACUAAUAACAACAAAUAUAUUGUUGAUAAUCGCAUUUACUAGUAGAGACACAACACACACAUAUAUAUGCACAUAGGGGACUGCAUGUUCCUUUAUAUUUCAUUGCUCAAUACUUAACUAUUAAUGUGGCAGACAUCAUAUAUUUGAACUUAUGAACAUUCAAUGCAAGUUUUGUUUUGUUCUGUCAGAAAUUCAGAAUGUUAUUUCCUCCAUUACUAGAACUCAAGAUUUCCUAUAGCUUGAUUAUUUAUUACAUGUGAUAUACCAGUAACUUUUUGUAAGCUGGUUAAUAACAUCUAUCUUAUAAUUUCAGAUCCAGUAAGUACUAUUAUAUACUUUUGGGCAUGUUCAUGAAAAUAUAUGUCACCUUUUUUUUCUUCUUUUUUCCCCAAGUCUGUAGUAUCUAGGUUCAGUCAUUAGGAAAAUGACAUGAGAUAUAAAACUCUUCAAAUUAUAAUUACAAAUCCUGAACCUUUGAAUAAUCAGAAAAAUUAUAUUUUGUAUGUUUAUGUUAUGUUGCUGCUCUAAAUAUUGUCUUAAAUUCCUUUGUAAACAUCACCUAUUUAAUCAGAAAUGGUCAAUAUGAUUUAUAUUUGUUGAUUAUGUUGAUUGUGUGGACAUCGUCAUGCAUUGUCCUCAAAGCCUUAACUGUAUAAUAGUUAUAGAAGAGUUAAGGGCAGAUCUUUUAUUUACUUAACACAAACGUUUUCUUAAUCAUCAAAAUCCUUGAAAUGUUCCUAUAUAGUACAUGUAUGUUUAUUAUUGACUAAAAUUUCAGUAGAACUUCCUUUGUUCAUGUCCUGAUAUUGGGUGACUUUAGGCAAUUAUGUAAAUCAUGAGAUUAUUAGGGAUGAACAAAUAAAUGUACUAUGAAGACAUGUCA